UUAAAAUCCAAAUACCCCCUAAUAAGAGAAACCUGAUGAGCGACUUCCAUUCCCUCUUUUACAGCCCUAGUCAUCGACGUUAACGACGUCACCCCACGCUCUUCCUCUUCAUCGAUUCAAUUCCGACGAACCUCCGGCAUUCAUUAUGGUACGCUUACAGCUUGAUCCAUUUCUGAAUGAGCUAACUACCAUGUUUGAGCAUACCACAGAAAAAGGAUCUGUGUGGGUUACUCUCAAACACUCUUCUGACAAGUCUAAGGUGCAGAAGAACAAGAUGAUAACUGCUGGUAAAGAACUUGAAUACAAAUGUCUUGUUAGAGCAACUGAUGGCAAGAAGAACAUUUCCACAUUGGUUGGAGCAAAGGAACAUCAACGGUUUCAAGCAUAUUAUGCUACUAUUUUGAAGGCUCGCAUGACAUCUUUGAAAAAGAGAGAGAAGAAGGACAAGAAAAAGGCUGCAGAUGCUGAUAAGAAGCAACAAGUCUCAAAGAAACCUAAAACUACUACAACCAACCCUUGAGAUCUCUUGUUGAUGAUUUCUUUUGUGCUUUUUCCCAAAAGAUUUUUGCCAAUUACUCUGUGUCUUUCCUUUCAAGAAUCAUAGAUACAAAUGAGUAUAUUGUUACAAGUUGGUUUUUAAUGGAUAGGUAUUAUAUCAA